CUCUGUGUGAUCUUUCAAGCAAACAUUUGAAAUACAGAUCAGCAUGAGUCAAAGACAAUGAAUGGAUUUUGGGGAAUUUUUCUGUGUUGUUUUGGUGUAUGCUUAGCUGGAAAUUGUCCCCAGGACUGGGUAGAAUUCUGUAAUGGAACCAAACAUAUUGGAUGUUACUGGGUUGAAUUACAAAAUGUCAGCUAUCUUGUUUCAUACACCAUCUGUUCUGGAAACAAAUAUGAAUCUUCUCUUGUUAUGCCCACUGAUCUAGAGGAAAGGGCUUUUGUUAUCAACUUGGCAAGAUCUAAAGAUUUCUGGCUGGAUGCUGGAAGUAACCCCAAAACAUGUUACAUAGCUAAUGGAGUCAGCCCAUCACCUGUAGUUAAAAGUUGUAACAAUGGCAGUUAUACUGUAUGCAAGAUGUCUGUUCGUAUUUCAAGCACACCAAUAGACUGUUCCUCCUUGACAACUGAAUCUGCUUCCCCCACAACUGUAAUCAUGACAGAAAUUGAAACUGAGGCCUUAUCAACAACAAUCAGUCAAACCGAGGCCUUAUCAACAACAGACAGUGAAACUGAGGCCCUAUCAACAACAGGUGAACCACCGACCUCAGUUUCCUCAGCUGCCCACAGAACUGUCUCUAUGGGCAAUGGCGAAACUCAGUGUCCAUGUGUAGAGGUCUGUUAUACAAACUACGGAAUAAAUGACAUUGAAAUCAAAGUGAAGAACAUCCAACAAUAUCUAUCUGUUAACAUAUCUACUCUCUCCGCGACGGUAAGAAAGCUGACCUGUGCCGAGGACCCCCGACCUUCCUCUGCUUACAUUGGUUACACAGGGGGGAUAAUCAUGUCUCUGAUCUUAUUAAUGAUCAUGGCUCUGGAUUGCUUUCCUAAAGCUCAUGAGUACCGUAACACUCAUAGAGACAAAUCGUGAAAUUUGACAUUUUAUUGUGAAUAUAGAUAAAUAACUUUAAUUCACUGACAUGACUGUGCUUCUAAAUUAUUAGCUGGAACCCAUAGGCCUUGAAUUAACCAAAGCAAACUACUUUAGGGAGCAUAAAAUUAUUGUCUUAAUUAAAUCUUAUUAGAAGAAUUAUUCUGAACUAUAACCACCUUCCUCAGCAGAUUUUCUAGAGAGUUGGAAAUUUUGCAAAGAUCUGUGUUUAUUGAGUUAGCUUUG